CCUCUUACUUGUAGUGGUAUGCCCUAGUGCAUGGCUGUCAACAUGGCGGCUUCCGGAGAGGACCAGAGGCCCAGAGGCUCGGAGUCGUCUUUUUCGUCUCACGGUCACAGUUCCAGGCUCCCCAAUAGUCCCACGCUACCUUGGGACAAGUUCUCCAACUGGCUUCAUUGUAUAUGUGUAGUCACAUUCGAUUUAGAGCUCGGACAGGCCAUGGAGCUCAUUUACCCAGGACAUAUCAAGUUGUCAGAGAAAGAGAAAAUGAACAUCUGUUACCUGUCCUUCCCUGACUCCAACUCUGGUUGCAUGGGAGACACACAGUUCUGUUUCCGGAUUCGUCAGAGCCCAGGACGGAAGGCACCUUCACAUACAGACACACAAUGGGAGAGAGAUGCACCAGUCUACCUACAUCGGGACCACGCCCAUUACUAUGGUUACGUGUACUUCCGUCAAGUAAAGGACAAGUCUUCAAGGAGAGGAUACUUCCAGAAGUCACUCGUGCUGGUCACCCGGCUUCCCUUCAACAACCUUUUCAACUUCCUGACAGAGAUUGUCGCUCCAGAGUACUUUGACAAUGGAGAGCCCUGCCUGGAAGCUGCCUGUCAUGACAUUGACCAGUGGCCUUCUCCACAGCCUGGGGAGACUCUGUCACUUCCUAUGAUGGGGAUGGUCAUACAGGUGCGAAUACCAUCCAAACAGGACAAGUUAGCGACCACUCCCGUCCAGGUUAUCCACCAACAGUCUACUUCCCCAAUACCUGCCCCAUAUGUGCUGCCUUCACUACACGAAGCUGAUAUUUUCAAGUGUCUCCACCCAGUGCUACCACACGUACAGAUGUUAUGGGAACUUGUUCUCACAACAGAGCCCAUAAUUGUGAUGGCACCUUCUCCAACUGUGUGUUCUGAAACAGUAUUGGCACUUACUAGUAUGAUAUCUCCACUGAACUUCUGCUCAGACUUCCGUCCUUACUUCACCAUCCAUGACAGCGAGUUCAAGGAGUACACCACUAAAACACAGGCUGCACCACCUGUGGUGCUGGGAGUGACCAACCCUUUUUUUGCCAAGACACUGCAGCACUGGCCACACAUUAUAAGAAUAGGGGAGAUGGGCAACAUAGUUUCAGGUGGCAGACAGAUGCUCAAGACAAAGAAAAGUAGCUCUCUGAAGACAAUAGAUGCUAAACCAGGUGUAUACACUACCUACAAGCCCUUCUUGAACAAGGACAAAAACAUCCUGAAAAGAUUGCAAAAGGGUAUAGCCAGUAGAAGACCAAAUGAAGUGCAGACGGCCAUGUUGAAGAGGUAUCUGCUGGAGCUCACUCAGAGCUUUAUGAUUCCACUGGAGCGCUAUGUCACCAGUCUGAUGCCUCUGCAGAGAAAUGUAUCACCAUGGAAGCAAGCUCCACGGUUAAAACCAUUUGAGCCUGAGGAGUUUCUGAAGACUGUGGAGCACUCUGGACCUCAGCUAACAUCAGGGCUAAGAGGGGACUGGGAAGGGCUGUACAGACGUUUUUUCCGAUCAUCCAACUUUGAGGGCUGGCUCCGUGCACGGCAACAGGAAGUGGACGACAAACUUCAGGCACUGCACCUGGAGGCACUGUGUGAUGCAGAUCUCAGUCUGUGGAUCCAGGGCCGUCCUGAGGUGGAGGUUGUUGACCUAGUGCUCAAACUCAGGGAGAAAAUGAGGUUUGCAGCCUCCAACAAGGUGUGUGUGAAAGAUGAGGUGCUUCACCGACUUACCUUGCACUUGGAUGGUAUCAUCCGGGCCUUACCUGAGGACCUGCGCACCAUCCUCAAGUCUUCAUAACAUCUCCACAAUUUCAAUGUGGACUUGUAAUGCAAUAAGUUUGAACAUUUUUUUUUUAAAGAAUCAAUUGAACAGCUCUUAAGCCAUUUUAACUGGUAGUGUACAUGUGUACAAUGAUGUUGUGUGUAAUUGUUGCUGUCUGGGUAAUUCGUCCCUAAAAGAUAUACCACAACUUCCACUAAAAGGUAAUUACAUCAUAAUGAUAGAAAUCUGUUGGCUUGUGUUUUGUUACAGUGGCCUCUGAUUGACAGCUGUCACUUUGAAAUGAACAUUGUUGUAGUUAUCACUUGAUUUGAAGAGCAAUUGUUAAUCAAGCUUAAGACUGACUUGAUGGAAACUAACUGUCUAAUAGUAUGUCAGGAAUGUGUUGGUUAAACAACUCUUCUUAAGGGGGACUCAACCUGAGAAACUUGUUUUCUGAAAGAUCACAGUUUUGUGCAAACAAGGGUAACCAGAUGUAUUAAAUUUCAUCAUAAUUAUUCAAGAAAAUGAUGAUGUAUAAUCCAGUAAUUGAAUAGUUUCCCCCAUACAGAGACCACUAUGUACUGCAUGAUGGGAUAAUUGCUUAAGAUCUAGGAUGAUUUGGGGCUCCAAGCAAGUAGAGAAUAAUUUCUCAAGGCAAAAAAUUCACACUCACUUCAAAAUUCAAAUUCACAUCAACCCAUUAUUUUUUUAUAUCGUCCCAUAAUAUCGUUCUAUAGUUUCUUUGCAAUAAAUAUCAUACACCUGACGGUUAUUUAUCUGGAAGAUACAUGUUACAAUGUUAAACAAUGUUAAUAUUGUUGCUGUAACGUGCAACUGCUACAAGUACCAAGUGCAAAGUCGGAACCAUGACACUCUCAUAUGGAGUUGAGUCCCCUUUAAAAUGUAACAUUUGUAUUCUAGUGAUUAGUAUCAUUAACUUCUUGUACAUAUGCCUCUGAUAACUGAGAAAUAGCUGUUUUAGUCACAUUCAUUUUUGUAACCAAUAACCUGGAUCACAGUAUUUAAAUGCCCAUGAUCUUGCCUCAUCUACAUGAAUAUAAAAUUAUUUUUAGUGUACCUUUUACAGCUAGGAGGUGCAAUUGUUACAUGUUAAGGAAGUAGGCAGUUCUUGAUACCUUGCCUAGAGUAAAGGAUACUGGCUUUACAACACACACUACAUCAUGAAAAGUAAAUGUUGCUGAUUUGUUCUUGAGUGUCAAGUAACAAUUAAAAACAAAAUAUGAUUUCUAAAUUUGGUAGAAAUGGUAAAAACCUGAUAUCAGUCAGGUGAGGCAAAAUUAUUGUAUAUAUACAUACGUAUACAUGUGAAUAUUUCUCAUAUAAUGCAUGAUGUGUAGUAAUUGCCAUAUUUGUUUAAUAUUUGUCUGCAACCAAGGAAGAGAACAAUCUGGUUGCCAUGCAUUUUUGUUGUGGUACUUAAGUUGUGAAUGUUUUUAAAGUAACAUUAUUUAAGUGUAUCAUCUCAUUUGAACCUGAAAAUACUACCUGAAAAUAUUGUUUGAAACGUCUUUGCUGCUUCAACUUUUGUAAUGAUGCUUCUGUACCUUUUUCGACAGUAAAUGCCUGUCUAUUUUAGAAAGUACCUUUUAAAUGGUC